AUGGGAAGUGCGUGGAAGACCAGAAAGGAGCUAAAUCUCUUUUCGAUUUUUGUUAGCAAUGUUAGUAAAAGGAUUCAUGUUCCAACUCUUAAGGAUGCGUUUCAGGCGUAUGGUGAUGUCCAAGAUGUUUUCAUCGCUUAUAACAGUAGGAAAAGAUUAGAUGCAAGUUCCACUUUUGCGUUUGUUAGAUAUAGAAAGAAAUCGAAAGCAAAUAAUGCAGUGCUUAGAGCUGAUGGGAGGAUAUUGGAUGGCUUUAAGAUUAGGGUUUUUCAUGACAAAGUGGUUGAUAGCUAUUAUCAGAAAGGGGAUUAUCAGAAAGGGGGUCAAGUUAAUAAUGUCAAGAAAGUUUGGAAACCAACCAUUAGAGAUGCAAGAUCAUUCAAGGACUUGUUGGGGGGUUGA